UUACACAGCGCUUCACGUUUCCGGUACGCACGUUUCCGCUGUCCUUGUCGGUAACAAUCAUUGACAUUGGUCAAAAUGGCUUCACUGAAGCUUUCGCAUUUCGUUCGACAAUUUAGUACAACAGUAGCAAGGAAAGGACAAAUUGUUCAGGCGCCUAUUCAGAUAUUUGGUAUUGAAGGUAGAUAUGCACAUGCUUUGUAUUCUGCUGCCACAAAGGAAAAGAAAUUAGAUGCAGUGGAAGGUGAAUUAAAAGCUUUGGGGUCUCUAUUAAAAACUGAUGCCAAGUUUGCGGACUUCUGUAAUGACCCAUCUUUAAAGAGGACAGAGAAAAAAGCUACCAUAGAAAAGAUAUCUGCAAAGCUCAAGUAUUCCAGCUUAACCAGUAAUUUACUUGCUGUUCUGGCUGAAAAUGGAAGAAUAAAAAAAAUAAAUGGAGUAGUUUCGGCUUUUGAAAAGCUCAUGUCUGCCCAUCGUGGAGAAGUUCAGUGUGUAGUAACAACCGCCAAGCCUCUUGAUAAUGCCAGCAAGAAAGAAGUCCUGACAACCCUACAGGGAUUUUUAAAGAAAGGAGAGUCUAUUCAAUUGGAAAUGAAUGUGGAUCCCUCUCUUAUUGGUGGUAUGCUGGUGACUAUUGGAGAUAAAUAUAUAGAUAUGUCUAUAGCAUCAAAAGUUAAAACCUACACUUCACUAAUUAAGCAAGCUGUAUAGAACUUUUAUCAUAAUAAAAAGACUGACAACUGUGAAGUGCUGUAGAUUAAUAACAUGUAAACAAAAUGGGACAAUAAUCUAUCCCGUUAACUAUUUCUGUAAAUUUCAUAACAUGUAUUAGAUGGAAAUUUAAUUUAUAUUUGAAAUAGCAUUUUGAUGUUUUCAAUAAAUAGUUACGGUUACUACAUUAUGGACAA